GUUGUGAAGACGGCUAGUCCCCAUUUUCUUGUCAUUAUAUUAGCAGGAUGUAUGUUGUCGUAUAGCGAGGUUAGUUGAGUUGCACUAUGAGUCUUUCAAGACAUAACAGCAUAACAGGCUGUGCUUUAAUCACUGCGCACACGAAAUAUAGUUGACUCAGGUCAAGGAAAAAUGGCCCAGAUCAAACAAAACCUAGAUUUCGUAUCCUUUGAACACAUUCAACGCGAAUGAAAUGUAUAAUUGGCCUGAAAAGAAAGGACUAUUAACUGAAAUACUAAAACGAGACUUAAAUGUGUAUUCUCCUUAAAAUGUUGAAAGCAGGCCGUCAUGAAGAAUGACAGUUGUGCUACCGAAUAGUCAAAUUUCACACAAUGUGUUCUACGCAAAACAGAAAGAACAGCAACAUAAGAAAAAGUGAUUAUUUAGAGUAGUAAUCAUGAUAAGUUCCAAUGGCUCCACAGAAGUAUCAGUAAAAGCCAGUUAUAGGCGGCUUAGCGCCUGUCAUAAGAUCUCUUACCGCUGUCUGUUUAGCCAACGCGCAGGCUCUCGUGUUUGGGUUUCAUCUUUUUCGGCACAGCCGCCCAUGGAAAAGUUAUUGAAAUCCCCGGCUAUAACUGUGUCUCUGUUUCCGUCGCGUCAGAUUCUUGUGCUGUAUCCUGAACCGCAGAAUACUUUUAUGUAUCGUUCGUCUUUGGUUUCGCCACAUUGGAUUUGGACUUGGUUUCACCUCAUUGCUCCUCAAAACUUGAGGUGAGUUUCAUAUUGUUUUUAAACAAUUUCCAGGGGUUCAACCAAAUGAGUUGUUACCCCCAUAAAACCUGACAAUAAUAUUUAUAUUGUCCACCGAUGUUCACUCUACAGUUACUUUGAUAAUGACUAGGAAAAUUUGUUUAACAAUCAGGUACUUCUUAGAUCUGUGACCAUUUCUCUUAUUCUCAUGACCUUUACAAUUGAUUCAAGGAUAAUAAUGUGAGGAUAAAUUAGAAACCAGUCUCUCACGAAUUAGAGGGUUGAGGGGCGAUCUGAAAUUUCUCUUGUGAUGAUUGUGCAGGUAACUGAGUCUGGAAAUCAUACAGAUGUUCCAUUAGUUACAAAACAAAACAAAGAUCGUGAGCGGUCGAAGAGUUCCCAUCAUAAAGUACAGCGUCAUUGUUUUAGCCGGUUUUCCCAGUAAUUGAUUAACUAUACUAAGUUUGAAAUGGUGAUUUGAAUUUUGAGCAGACCGGCAACUGUUAAGAAUUUCUAAAGCUGACGUUUCGAGUGUUGGCCUUUGUCUGAGCCAUUUGAGGAAUUUAUCUUUCAAAUGGCACUUUUUCUUUCCACGGUAUCAACGAACGCUUUUCAUUCAAAAAUUUAUACUUUUGUUUUUCACGUUACGCUGUUCUCACUAAUAUAAUGGUGUAGCUUUAAUUUUUCCAUAAAGCACCCACAAUUCCUCUAUACGCUCUGACGAAGGACAAAGUCUCGAAACGUCCGUCAGCUAUAAAACCCUUUACGGCGACCAGUUAACAUUAUCACCUCAGUUUGUAAAGGCAAAUUAUCGUGUAAUGCCUCCCACCGACGCAUCACCACUGUUUCAAAUCCCUUAGUUGAGAUUUUAUAGAAAUCAGAACAAUGGUUAACUGAAUACGUUUCGAAAGCAAACAGCUCUUAUAAAAAAUUUAGACAUUUUACAGCGGAGUGCGCGGAGCGUGACACUAUAACGAAGAGAGUAUGGUAACCUACCAAGGCUAGAAACUUGACUUCUCCAUCCUUAUCUUGCACAAAAAUUAACUGAAGAGAUCAAAAGGACUUUUGCCUUGUUAAUUACUAUGUGAAUUAUUCCAGAUUUCUUAGACACUUUCCACCUAUUUCCUAAUGGAGCUUGCAUUAUCUGAAGAUUUUGGGAGUUUAUGUACACAACGAUGAAGCGCUCGAUAUGUGCCACUAAUUUAUGGGUGAACUCAAAAUGGUGCUUGGCCCGCCCGUAAAGAUUUAUGCGAGUGUGGGUCAAAUUUCGCUAUAGCGCACUUAAUUUACCAAUCAGAGCGAUCGCAUCUCAGCUAUAUAGUUUGUAGAAGUUACCGCAUGAUGCAUUGCGAAGAUCGUAACUUUUCUGCUAUUUUUUUCUUUUGCAGAAUUUCCGUGAUAUUUCGUGUUAAAUCUGCACAGAAGAUAAAGCUCACUGAUCGCCAUCUUCUCCAGCGCCUCGCUCCCAUUCUGGCGUUGUACGUGGUUUAUCUGCUGGCCUGGUCACUAGCCGGCCCGAGUCACGUGGUAGAAAUGAAGAUGCCAGGGAUCUUAAGUUCCAUGAGUGCUCCUUUGACUGGUGGGACCAUGCCAUUUUGAUAUGUAAAGUUAAACUUAGGCCUCAUUCACUCUACAAAAAAAAAAAAAAAAAUACAACGACAACAACAAAAAUUACAAAAAGUAACUUUCUUUCUACGUUUAGGCCUGUAGGUUCACCAUCAGUGCUUUUUGUCAAUCGCGUUUUGAUAAUAUCCUAGAGAAAAGGGAUCUCAUGCUCCAUCAUUUGUCUCCUCCCGCAUUUUGCAUACGUUUUUCCCGCCAGUGCUGAGUAGAGUUUGUUGAAUUUCUUUCUUGCCUUUGUUAGUUGAAACACUCUUUUUGUUCUGGGGAAUCCACCUGUGCUAUAACGUCAGGAAAGCACCAUCCGCCUUCAACGAGAGCAAGUUUAUCAGUUGGUCAAUUUACAAUUUGACUGUGGUCACUUUCUUCCUCAAAAUUACGAGGUAUGGUUAGUUUUAUUACUUACUUCAAAUUAAGGAGAAUUAUUCUCCAGAAACCAUUUCUCUACCUAUACACGAAAAUAAGACACUAGCUGCGUUAUGCGACUUCAAAGAGUCACGAACCUCAGUAAUUUCAAGACUCAGUAACCUGGCCGCACUCGCAUAACCUUUUUGAGCGGCUCCCAAACAACUGCUUCUCUGAUCAUCGCGGUAAACAAAGUAACACACAGAAAUUUUUUUUUCUCACUUUUGGGGUCAAAAGCAUCUUUUGUGGAGCUCUUUAUUGUUCAAGAGAUUACCGAGAGAAAGUAAAAGUUAGCUUGGAUGAAAGGUUGUGAUGUCAAAGGAAAGCUGUCUGGUUGCUAAGCAGUAUUCAAAAUGACAGCUUCCAUAAUCGAAUUUUUAACACACUUAAAGGCAACUUUCGAAAGGUGAGGUUAUUCCUUGGAAUUUACUGGAACUGCCUUCAGUGUCAUUCAUUCCAUACAUUUUUAAUGGUGAAGAUAAAAUGAUAUUGUUUCUGUAGCAUAUUGUCUCUUUGAAAGAUUAGCCUAAAGGAUCCAACAUCAUUCCAUAUUGUUGAAUUGAACUUUAUUGAAAGAUGUUGGUCGUGGUGUCCAAACGAAUUUAACAUGUUAGAUGCAAUACUCGGUACAAAGGUCUGGGUAUGAACUCUACCCAGAUUUCAUCGGAAACAAAUUCACUACAUUUUUUUAACCUAAAAAUGGCGUAAGAUAGAUCGCGAGUGAAUGAUGUUUAGCCUCUGUUGUUGACUCUGCUGGUAAUGUUGGCAAAGGAAGAUAUUGCGUUGUUGAUGAGAGAGGGAAUUUGGUUUAUACCGAGAUAACCCCCACUGGCUGACAUUUUAUCAAUCAUCUACUUGCCAAAUGACGAAUUGAUAUUGCAAGGAAAAGUUGCCGGUUUUUAAUCGGUUCUAUUAGUUUAAGAGAUAUUGGAACCUUUCCAUUCCGGUGAAUUAUUUUGUUAAGUCCAUUUUACUAAGUACACACAGACGACUUCCAAAUGUAGAAGGGUAGCAAAGUGUUCCUUUUGAUAAGAUAAGAUUGAAUGUAAUAUCCUUUAAUAUUUUGAAAUAUAACUAUGUGUUGAUGUUAUUCGUGCUAAAUUCCACACCUACGUCUGUCCUCUAAAUAAAGAAAUAUCCUUGAUGCAGGUUCAUGACCUUUGAUGGUCAUGACGUAAAUACAACAAUAAUUUGAAGAUCUUUGAAUAUGCAAUGGAAAGUUCAAUAAUGUAGCAACACGCGGCAUUUUACAUGUGUUCUUGUGAGUAACUAUUUUGCGGUGAGCAUCUUGAAAUCUGGAAACCGCUAGGUGCGUCAUCGUUGGUCCACAAACCCUUCCGUCAAAAGCUGUUCUCUGAUUAUUUUUGAUCGAGUGUUUUCGUGAGUUCACAAGAAAGUCAAGUUAUCUUUGGUUUUAAGAACGAAGUUUCAAGUGGGUGAAUUCUGAUAUGUUCUCGUUUCGAAUGCUCUUAAGGUUUUUCUUUUUUCGCGUUGUAAAAUAACUUUUCUUGUAUGGCUGUGGGCACGCACACUGAGAGAUAGGAAUAGAUUGCACUUUGCAGUCUACCAUAAGAUUAAGACUUCUUCUUUACUGAAGAACAGCUGUAAGAUUUUGCGAUUGAAAUAUUACUUUCAUAAGUGUAUUGGUUACUUUCACCGUGUCGGUUAAAAAGAAUGCUUCGCCGGGCGAGGUCCUUUAUUUUGCUUUUUGAAUAAGUUUAUUCUGUGAAUAAGUAUGGUUUCCAUGUUGUAAGAGGAUACUUCCUUGCUUGCAUAAAUAAAUAAAUUUUAAACCUUUCGAUCCACGAUUCAUUCAAAUGUUCCCUUCAAAGGAAAGAGAAAACGAGAUGAUGUCUUCAAGUUUCAUGUAAGCUUACGAAUGAUUUUUUCCUCUGGGUAUCAACUAUUUUUGUCAUUUUGAUUAUCCACAAAAGAAAAAAAACUACAAAACACGGACAAUUUUCCUUACGUUUCUUUCGAGGAAAAGGAUAAAACUUUGCAAAGGAUGGCAUCGCUCCAAAGGGUGUUUUGAAUUAAAAUGAAUGUUUUGUAUGUCUGUGAACAGGGGUUCCAUUCAUUGACUCUGUUUUUAAGAAUUGAAUACUCAUUUUAAAAUGUCGUAGUAAACAUGGCGUCACGGUGGGGUAAUUUACAGAUGUCGAACUUUUCAAUAAAUUGUUACAUACGUUGACAUCAUCAUUGUUAUUCCCCAUAUUCUUAUCUGUGCUUUUCCAUCGGUGACGAACGGAAUUAGUUUAACAAUCAAAGCUUCUUUGGUUUGAUUUAAGUUGGCCAUCAUGCCCUUUAUUCUCACGAACUUAAUGAAUGAUUUAGCAGUAUGACUGUGAAGAGCAGUUAGAUGUUGAUCGCUCUCGGGGUUUAAAGAGUUGAAGGAAACGAGUACAUAGUGGAAGGCUCGGUGAGUUCGCCAACUGAAAAAAAAGACGCAAGAAUAAAAUAAGAGCCAAGAUGGAUAAAGUUCGAGAGGAUUUAAGCAGUUUGUUCUUAGAGAAUUUGCAAAACUUCGGCUUAAUUUAUCCACAUGGACAGACUGCGACUACGCUUCUUUUGCGUUAAGAAACGGUGUGUACUCUAUUGUAAAGAUCUCUUUGUCCGUUCACGACUUUGGAGUCAGUACUUUGAUUAUUCACGUCCAACUGCAUUUCAAAAGUACUACAUGAACUUGUUGGUCGAUAGUUUCAGUCUCUUCUUGUCGACAGUCGCUCACUGUGAAUGGAACUACUAUGUUACCACUUCUGCCUUUUUUGUUCGUUCUAAGUUUCAUUCGUUUUUUAACAUAUUUUAAACGAUCGAUCUCAAAUUAAAGAUCCUUAUUUAUUUCUAAGCUUUCGAGUGUCGUGUUCACCUUGCAAUUUGUUUAGGAAGCGCAGAAUAUAGGGAAACCAAAUCACCUUACAGUUUCUCUUCUCGACGCGGACUCUGACUGUUUCUACGACAUACACCUGCACUCCUACCCAACUCACAGUAUUUCGCUCGCUACAGCUCACUAUGCGAGCAAUAUACUUUUAGCCUCUUGACGAUAAACGAAACCAUUUAUUUCUUUAACGGCCCCUCUAUGUUUGCCGUUGCUGUCUUGGAGACAGUCUAUCUUAAGCUUUCAACGGAAGGUCUUGUUUGUUUUGUGAUAUUAACACAAUAUCAACCAAAAAAUAUGUUAGUAUUUUUUAUUGAUCCUUAUCAUAAAACGGUUUGCUAAAAUUAAUGCGAGUCUGAUAUAAGUGUGAACAAUUUCUGAUAGUUUGUGGGUUGGUGAAAGCGCGCACAAGAGGACAGAUUGCUUCGACUGAUUUUAGCAGCUGGUUCCUCGAACCCAAAGGAGAUAUGAAGGAAUUGGCAGAAAGAAUUCUUGAGACUACUCGAAUGGUUAAUUUUCAGUCCUUAAAACUGGUAGAUUUUAGCUAGUUCUCUCGAAGAGGCUGGUUGCAGACUUUUAAAGACCCUAAACAAAAGAUGAUUUUUCUUCCAACCUGUCUCGAGCCAUUUGCUGCGCCGUCAGAAGACAAGUUUCAGACAAGAUUGUCAGGUGUAUUUACGUUUGCGUUGUGCUACUUAAUCGUAUACAACAAGUUAUGUCGUAGAUACAAAUGUAGAAGACUGGCACUAAUUUAUUAACCAGCAAAGGCAAUGAAAUCAGUUCUUUAGUUGCCAAAGGUUACGUGCUAUGAAGAAAAGCAUUUUUUUUAAUUGUCUAUUCCUAAUGAUACAAUCUGAUUGAUGUAAUUUCCUUCCUGUAACAAAACAUUCUUCAAUCCAGUCUGGUUUAUAUCUAUUUUUGAUCCAAGAUAUUUUAGAUUAUAUUGAAUAAGUGCUGAUAAUACUUUUGGAUGAGAUGUGAUCAACAUCAAAAACAACAAAAAUAGCAACAUGCGGAGAAGGGUGUCGAAUUUAACUAAUUUUUGGAAAAACCCCAUCACUGUCGAGAUCUGAAUAUCAAUUAAUUGCACUAUCUGCUUUACUUUUUUGCUUUGAGAUUUUGAUGUUAAAUCAAACAAUGUAACUCUGUGCAAUUUUUUUUCUUUGUUCAAACGCGUGUCGGCUUAUAAUUGUACAAGAGAUUAUAACUGAUGAUAACAGGACUGAGUGGAGUCAAAUUCGGUUUAUAAUCAUAUGAGCGAUAACAAAAUCGAUUGUUAAUCACGAGUAUGGUUACAGACCGAAUUGGACGAAACGAAAUCUUUCUAACAAUCAAUCAUAAAAUUACAAUUUCCGAGAAAAGAAGAAUAGCCCAGUUAUGAAAGAAAGGAAAAUUUGCAUUAAAAAGACUGACAAAGGAGGCGUAAAUUGUUUAAUUAUUUGAUUGGUUGAUUUAAACUACAACUUUCAACGUGAUUGGCUUAUUGAACUGCCUUGUAACAAGCUGUCCGAUGACAACGUGGCAAGUGAAUUAAUGGGAAGCAGGAAUUUUUUAAACCAAUCACAAUCGAGGAAACUGUAAUUUUUAUGAUUAUAAACUUUUUAUAUUAAUCUCUUGAAUUGUAUGGGUAUUUUGAUGAGAUACAUCCUUUGUGUCAUCUCGGGAGUGAACGGGAUGGAUUGUCGUCCAUGUAGGAAGCUCGGAAAAGGAAGGUGGUUUUUGACUAAUUUUCUGAACGGAAGGUACCUCAUGUUUCACUGAUGAACCCUAUACACCCUAACAACAGUUUGUAUAUUCUCCAUACUGUUCUCCAUACAUUCUCCAAGAUGUUGACAAGGAGAAUUUGUUAAACAAUCAAGAGCGUCUUUGUUUGUCUUCUUCUUUGUUCUCGUGACCUUAAUGUGUGAAUCAGAAGUGAUACUGUAAAAAUAUAUUUGAUGCCAGUCACUCUUAGAGUCAAAGGCUAAAAUGGUUUAAUGGCAGACUUUGUUCCCAUAGGCAAAAUUUGUCACUAUUUGACGUCAUCGCCUUUCUGUGAGAAAAUACAUAAGAUAUGACCACUUUUUUGAAAAUAAAGUAGACGAAUAAAGAAUUUGAUCUUUUUUGGGGUUGCUUAAUAAAGAUUUCCUCUUGUAGUCUAAGGAUUCGAUCAGACGAGCUAAAGCUGGAGUUGGUUCGCUGAGUUUUACCGGCUGUGAUAAUAGAGUUUGACAGUCGAUUAAAUUUGACAGUAUAUAUUGCAUUCAGCUUUGUUUUAAUCGUUUUAAGUCUGCGUUUGGUCGCAAUGAAUGUUGAAAAAAACAACAACGACAAUAAACAACAGUUAACAACCCCGAAAACACAUCCAGAUGGAUACUUACAACAGCAACCUCGAAACUGGAGACAAUCUAAAACUAUGUACUACGAGCAAGUUUUUUAAAUCUUAACGCUAAUUCUCUGUAGUAGCCCUUCUGUCGCGAUUUUUAUCCGCUCUUUGUCCGAUACCCGCCUAUAUUUUGCAAGUUUGCACUGGCACCGUUGCUAAGCAGCAACGAAAGGACUACAUAGCGCCCUCGCCCUGCUGUCAUGGUUGUUUCCGCUGUCCGGAGUCGCUUCUGGCGCACUCACUCGUAAAAUAAUUAUGAUAAUAAUUGCGCGGAUGCGACCCAAGGAAAUUGUUACCUGUUUAUUAAGGAAGUGAAGUAUUUAAGGAGUGUUUAUUUGAUGAUGCCGAUAGAAGAUGAAUUGUUUCAUCCACCGAAGACUUCGUUGUUUUGGAACUUAACCUUUGUUGACGAAUUCGAUCGCGAUUCACUGUCUCUGGGUUUGCAAAUAUAGUAAUAGAUCAUUUUGCCUUCAUUGAUCAUUCCCUUAUGAUACUUAAUCGAUUUUAUCAUUUGAAGGAGCCACUUGAAGUCACGAGUCGUGUGUUUAUCAAGACAAACAUUUACUUCUAUGAAGUGCGCGUAAACAAGUCUCUGUUCUCUAUCAUAAAUCGACUAUCAGAACAGAUCAGGGGUUUUCCGAUGGCGCCGGGAAAUACCGGAAUCUAAGCCAUUAAUUGUUUCAGUUUUACUAUGGAGACAAUAAGGGCUUUUUCUUCGGCGACGUUACUACUAAAAGGGGUUUUGUUGCGUUGCCGUUUAUGCAUAUUACAAGAAAAAAAUGUUGGCCUUAAAUUUUAUAAGUUAGUUGUAUAAUCCAUAUAAAUCUUCUGCGUCUUUGGCAAUCUUCAAUCUUUUAUGGUUUCAUCUCGCCUUUGAGAUUUAUAUCUUAUUCUUUAAAACAUUAUCGUCAUCUUAAUCGUAAGCUGUAAGAAAAAAAUUGCUUCUUCUCCACGAUAUUACCGAAGUAUCGUUCUUCAGCUCGGUACAUACAACUAUCUGUGGAACUGAAAUAAUGGGCACUGCUACGCACUUAAUUUGACGUAAUCAUCUGUUGAAAACAAAAUGAAACAAAGCACAUCAAUAUUUUUGUCUGUUCAUUCGUUUUUUUUCUUUUUAUCUCUGGCGUGUACGCGCGUCGAACAUUUAAUCUUUGGAAUUUAUCUGGCACCUCUAUUAUUAGUGAUUAACCAUUUCCUUCUCUAUUUUCGCUUUUCUUAGCCACAAUACGAAUUUCCACUACGUAAGAUAUUACUCAUUUCCUGCGUUGAUCGUUCGCAAUACUUAUAUGAAGGUUUCUUUCAUGAAGUCAGUACUUUCCAAACGGAAGGGAAUCCCACGUCGCUUUUAGUUUGCUUUUAAUCUUUAAACUGCCGGCUUACCACCUGUCACCGUGAGAAAGCAAAAUGUUUGCGUGCGUGGGUGUUCUGUCAUUUAACACUUUUAGGGGUUUCCACCGUCAAAGACAGAAUGAUAUCGCUUUUGGAUUUCCUGGUUAGUCUUGUAUUGAGCUGCCUCAUUAGAAAUUCUAUUUAUUCCUUGCAUAAGCGUUAAUUAUCGAAAGUUCAUUAAGUGCACUCGAUAAGCUAAGUAAUCAUCUUGUCACAAACAUCAGCGCCCCUUUAUUUUUUUAAAUAAAAAAAAGUUUUGAAUGUUUCGAAAUCAAGAAAAUCUUAAAAAAACUUGCAAGCGGAUAAGUGCGUAAAGUCACUUUGAACUAAAUGCGCUGUGAUUGUUAAGUUUAUUUAUUUGAUUUAUCGCUUAUCAUCAUUGUCAUUUUGAAUGAUCGUCUCGUUCCGAACUUGCUGAAGGAGGCAAAGAAUCAUGGAACGAAAGUGGUGUACACGUAUGGAUUGAGGCGAUGCGUGCCCUUCGAUGUAUUAAGGAACCCUUGCGUCACCAAACGGCUUAUAUCGCUUACAAGCCUCCUUUGUUCUGCGUGUGAAAUACUUCCACUUUCUCUGAAGCAGCGAGCAAAGUUAUAACUUAAUGUUGCUUUAAUUUGCCAUUGACGGAGUUAAUUGUUUCGUUACGCACGUCAUUGGUGAAAAGAACGUUACAUCAAUGGAACGUUCUGGAAAACACGCGACGGUGGAACUCUAUUCACGCCACGAGGAACUAAUGCAUUUUGGAACGUAUCACUACUUCAUUCUCUUGGGUGACUGUACGAGAACUUUUUUCGCAGUCACGGGCUACUAGCAACCUUUAUAUCCGAUCUAAAAAUAUCACUGUGUCAAACAAUGAAUAAUUAUGAUAUCGUCACGAGCUAAUUGUCAUGUUUAGACCAACUUUGUCCGAAGGAACGCCAAGAAGCGUUGACAGAUGCUGGGGGGAAAUGGUCGAUGGAUCUUUCCUGAAAAAUCUUUGAUUUCCGUGCGGUUUUUCUUCUUCUUCAGAGGAUCAUAUUUUGAAAAAGGCGUGAGUGACAACCAAACUGCGUGACCCCCGUCGAGUGUUUAUUAUUGUGAGAGAAUUUUAUGACGUCAAACGGUCUUUUAUAAAUAAGCCCACUCAUUGCAAGCACCGAAUCAUUCAUUAUUUCACAAGCCUCUUCUUGUGUGGAUCAAAGCUUCCAGUGCGUCCUGGCACGAAGUGCCAGUGUUUCUCUUUACUCAAACGCACACACAAGCUGGCCAUCUAUUAGGCCGUAACUAAGGGAAUCCCACACUGUUCUUCUACUUCUCAAAGGGAAAGGUGAGUAAUGUGUGAAAGUAAUGUGUGAGUAAUUAUUUCGUCCAUUAUUUUAAAAAUUGGAUUUUGUGUUUGUACGAAAUUUUCGCAAGUGCAAAGUCCGCACGGUACGCCGUUAACCUCUGUUAAACAGCCAUCGAUAUCUGUUUGAACGUGAAACUCUCCUAAAAUCAGAUGUGUGUGGACAUGUAUUUUACUCUAUUUGCGGUUUUAAUCUUGUUUGAUUACACAUGUCUCUCUGAGUGACUGACUGUGUGAAUAUUACUUACCGACUCGUUGAUGUUUUUAAUUUAACUCAAACAAAUAUGCCUUCGAUAAAUUUUUAUGCCCGUUCUAUCCUCUUUUGGCGAUGUUAUCACCCUUAAGACACAGUGUAUGUCUGUGUGAAUUGAAUCAGCUGUGAUGAACUUUGAAUGCAAUUUGAAUAUUGGUCGAAGAUUUUCGGGACUUGCAAAUAUAGAGUUCAAUUAUGUACCUUUUUUUUUACUUUGACCUUUUCACUCAUACGAAACCACAGCUUAAUUUCUAGCUUUUCUGAAGUUCAUUGUUGUUCGUUUUAAUGCAAUAUAAAUUUCUACUUUCGAAUACGUAUUUCGCAACGCGAAAUCGAAACAUGAAAAAUUUCAUUCUGUACUUUUCGCUCUGACAAUAACACGAAAUGACGUCAUCGGUAUCAAACACGUCUGCUAGCGUUGGUUAAUAAUUAAAUGUUAUCGAAUACUAAAUACAGGCUGAUCAGUACAACUCCGAGCUUAGCGGCGGAUACCGUGUUGGGAUGCCAAUUCUUCGGCGGAAAAACUGAAUAUUAAUGUUGUGUUAUCGCGAUGUUUUCUUCUCUAGAUGAGAGAGUGUUUUAAAAUUCGCAUAAUGGGAUGCUUGCCGUCUCGACGACAGGACGAAGAGACUUCUCCGAAGGAAAACUCUCCGUCGAAUAAAGCAUCUGGAAAGCGUUCGAAUCGAACACAGGAGAAGGGAAAAAAGGACAAAGCGACACUCGCUCCGACGAUACAAAUGGUCAAUGCAGACACCUUGAAACUUUUACAGGAAAUCGGCGAACUUAAGAUGUUUCAAACAGCGAGUGAUUCCGAUCACAAGAAACAUAUAGACUUGCAUCAUGACAUAAUGUUAGCCUUAGAGAACCCAACUAAAGCGAGCAACGCCGUCACGUCAGUGUCAACUGGGGCAUCAAGCAAUGUGAUAUAAAACCGGUUGGAAACCACUGAAGUUUUACCAGUGAAACUGACCAGAAAAUAACAUCGUUUUGUGGAAUCGACGCGUUAAAUUUAUUCGUGGCUUCUUGGACUCGCUUUAUCGCUCGAAGAAUAUUGUGAAAUGCGAACAACCUAUGAACGAGAACAGGAUGCAAUUUUUCCUCGAUAAAUUUUUUUUGUGGAUAUUUAUUGUCGAUCUGUUUUAGUGGGUUUCAUAACUGCUGCCUUGUGAACUACAUGUCUUGCUGAAUCGGAUAUGGAAAGCAGCCAGAUAUUCCCUUUGAAGAAAGUGGAAAAUGGCCAAAAUAGCAAGCAAGCAGGUCGGCGUUGUGGCCACAAUUCCUCACGGGCCGAUAUCAGGGCUGCACCGAACGAGAGGCGAAUUUCGAUUGGGCUGUUUUCAAGGUGAAAUAUAACGAGGAAACAAGGGCAGUUACAAGACGCGAGUAUCUGUUUUACCGAGACAACAAGAAGCCAACAAUUAAAAAUGUUCAAUUUAGCAAUGAGUUUAUUUAGCGACUUAUCGCGGAAACCGGUUGAAUUUUCAAUAAAAAGGCCCUUGCAGUGAACUAAGGCAAAAAGCAUGUAAAUACAAAAUUCGUUCCAUUAAUAUUCAUACACUAUAAUGCAGAAUUCUAUUUUCUUUUAAACAAACAGACGGCAUAUGUUCAUUCAUUCGUUUUACAAUUGGAAACGUUUGCGAAAUUUUAUUCACUAGCUAUCGUCUGAAAAAUCAAUCUUUUUAUCAAUGGGUUUUGUGAUCGCUAAUGCAUACAGCUCUUUUUUGUUGCCGAAGAAAAAAAAAACUUCCUUGUCGAGCUGCCGUAAAAGGUGUAUUGUUAAAACCGAAGAUAAUAUUUUCGAGUUUAUACAAUUUUGGUGAUAGGAAAAACUCCUCGACAAAAAAGAAUCGCGCGACCGCCACAGCGCGCAAAACAGUUGUAAUGAUAACACUGAUAAACAUUGGAAUAAAAAGUGCGGGGACGAAACUCCACCGCGUAUAAUUUGGUUGAAACCGCCCUACUUCAUUCCACUCUGUCGCUGGACGAAAUAAACAGAACGGUGAAAAUUAACAAAAAAAAAUUCAUCAAAUUUGCAUACAAGUCGUAAAGUUGAUUAAAAAUUUGACAAAAAACAUGGAAGUACAUUUGAUGGUUUUUCAGCAAUAUUUCUUGUUAACUAUUUAUUCGUGACAAUGAAAAAUCUUCCAUGUACAGAAACUAUAUAAUAAAACUCAGUUUUGAAGACGAGUAUCAGUCCUUGUUAUUUAUUGAACGAGUGACUAAUUUUAGGUUAUUCAGUUCCUUAAUAAUGCGUAUUACGCGACCAACAAUGUACGCGAUAUAUGUUUUUGCCGACUCGACUAGUUUCCAUUUAAUUUUGCCCUUACUUUAAUUAACAACACCUAGAUUGAAUCAGUAACUUUUUAAGUAAACCUUAAUACUGUAUAGCCCAUGUUUUUAAUUUUUAACACUCAGUUCCGAACAAAUACAUGUCACUUUCUCCGUCAGUGUCCUUUAUUGAAGCAUGUGUUCGUCUUUUAAUCCACCUUUGACAAACACCCUUUUUUCGACGAUGGAAUAUUCUCUCCAAUGUUUUCCUUUAACUUAAUCGACACUUAUUCGCUGGCUUUCACAGGGACGGUUUUUUACACUUCUCUUCUAUCCUAAAUGAGAACUUUAGGGCGUUACAUCGCAAUUCUUCGACCUGGAAACAUUUAGGCUAAUUUUUUCACAAUCCGUGUUAAUCUCUUCUAUCUUAAACCUUUUUUAGUAUCUUUUAUUUGUUUGCGUACCCUACCAAAAGAUUAUUUCAAAGUCGAAUUUUUAUUAGAGGCAUAUCUUUAUUAAAUUCGCAACGACACCCAUUUUAAGGUGACGUUGCCUGCUGCCUUUAAUAAGAAUGUAGACGAAAGCUUUAAGCCGGCUAGCUUCCUCAUUAAAUUCAACUAUUUUAAUCCAGUACUUUUUCGCUGUCCUUAAAUGAGGUUAGCUCUUGCAUUUAUUUAAAGGGAGGAAAAAAAAUUACCCCUUUAUUCUCUGAGAGAGGACCUAUAAGAAUGCUUUAGUCUUGUAAAAUAUGUACAGAAAAGACAAUUUGUGGUCUGUUUGUUGACUGGUUGAUCGCAAGCUUCGGCUCAAACGUGAAUAAUUCAACCCUUCUUAAUACAAUAGUGAUUAACUCUUGCAAACGGAAUGAUCUUGUGAAUGACAACUUAAUGUGCUUUACACUUUUAAAAAUUAAUCACUAUUCGCGAUCACGUUUCGUGGCUGAAAAUAUGUGAAUUGCUCCUCGGACGUGCAUAAACAUAUCUACAGCACGAGAGGCCUUUUGUAACGUUUUAGCGGACAAAGUAUUUCUGACAUUUUACAUCAUGCAAGUUUCUUAAUUUCUCCUUUGUCACGUACUCUCCCUCCGCGUGACCACUUUUUUACUUGCUUGCAGAAUUGUUACCGGGUAAUGAUUUUUAUCGACGCAUUGUGUCCGAAGUCAAUCUCCUCCCACACGUUUCACAAAUCUUUAUUUUAACAUUUAACUUUUUUUUUUUUUUUAUCUUCUUUAUUUCAUCGAAAUAAUGAAAAGACUUAUCUUAAUUUUGACAAUUUUGGCUUGACAAGAAUUAUUACUUGUUAAAAGGCAGUGGAGGAAUUAUUUCCACUGUCAUUUUGAUGCUAUGUAAGAUAAAUGUUAAUUAAUAACAGCGAUAAAAAAGGCAAAAAAAGUUUCCAUACUUCUAUCUUUCUUUCCAUAUUCCCUAACAAAAAUUUCUUGAAAGAGACUUGUAUAAUAUAAAAUAUUAUAAUGUAAGUUAAUAGAUAGUUAUGGUAUUAAUGACAAUAAUAAUAAUAAUUAUAAUAAUGAUAAUAUUAAUAAUAAAUGAUUAUUGUAAGAAUAAAAGAUAUUAUCCCGUGUGAAUUAAAGUUAUUUAAUGGUUGGAUUAUGAAACUUUUAGGUACAAACUCACUUUAGUUCCUCUUGGAAUAAUUCAUAUGGCAGGGACAAUGAACCGUUUAUUUUGAUAGCCUUGGAAAUUCAUCUUUUAUUUUCCUUUAGUUCUGUUUCGUAUUUAUUGUUAUUAUCAGAAUCAAACGUAUGCCUAUACUCCACACAGCCUUGGUAGAAAUCUUUAUUUGGUCUUUCCUAUAAUAAUUUAUUUAUUUGGGCUUAUUUUUGUUUCCUUCCUAGAAUUAAGGUGUAAAAAUCUUACUGAUGAUUUCUAUUUUAAACAUAAUUAAUCAAGUUAUUUGGUCUUUCAAAGCAUUUGAUUGGUUUCCUUCCGGAAAUUGACAGGUGGAACGUCACUUUCUGACAGGCCGCACGUUCUUGUAAAUAUGCAAUAAGGUCCCGUAUCAACAGUCAAUUAAUUCUUCGUUUUCAGUGCUCGUAUAAUUUUGUAAGGCGAGGCAAUCAUGCGAAUACUUUCGAAUUAUUUUUGCUAUAUUUGCCUUUUUCUUCUCUGAAAUUUAUAGUGCACCGCUCAUCAUUCGCGUUGAAGCGAGUUUAAUAAGCUUAAAAUCUAUUCAUGAUGCAUUUUUACUUGUUGGGGUUUUGGUAAUGGUUUUAAUUUCGUGCCCGCUGUGCGUUUUGGCUGUUUCAAUAAACAUGAGUCACAAUAGAUAUUGUCAAUAUAGCCACACUAUGUCAAGUUUAAUUGGAAGGCAACCUCAUGCAGUACGGUUGAACACGGUAAAGGGUGUUGUAUUCUAUUCUCUCGAUGUCUUUGCUUAGGGUUAGGGUUUUUUUACUUUUUUUUAAUAUCCUUUUCCAACCCUAAACCUUAGAGAAACCUUGGUGAAAACUAGUGAAAGCAAACUUGCUCAAGGAAUAUGAAUUUUUAAUUGAAGUUGAGGGAAACUAUUUAGGGAUUAUUUGGCUACUUUUUUUGUUUUUGUUUUUGUUUUUUUUCUUAAUUGGUUUUCGUCAUUCUCUCGGACAAAGGGCUAAGGCCUGAAACGUCAGCUCAAAAAAUUCUUUACAAUGGCCAAUUUAAAUUAUCAAGUCAGUAGAUAAAUUCAAAAUACACCACAGUUUCUUUAGAAAUUUAAUCCCCUUAAUACAUUCGAAUACUUUUGUUGCGUGUGACGGCGCAGAUUUUUGUCCGUACCUUUUGGGGACCUUGUGGUGACUAUUUAGAAAUUGGCCGAGCCAUUGUCUUUCGCAGGUUGAAAGAAGUGUCACAUUUUUAAGGCUCUAUUUAAAUGGAUGCUUAGGAUACAGAAGUGAAUGGGUAAUUUUUUUUUUAAGGUAAUGCAUCUGUUUGCGCUGAUUGUCAAGUUACCUACGUAAUCCAUUGCCUUAUUACAAGCAAUGUGCGUCAGCAUUUGCGUUCAAGUGAUAGUUAGGACUCCGUGCAGCUGACGAGGAAAAUUAUCAAUUAAUUUAUGAAUAUUCUCGAAACUGUUUGGUUUUUUUCUCUAAUAAAAAGGCUUCUGAUGCUAUUGCAAUUGUAAAACUUAACUGCGAAGGCCGCUUGAUUAGGGAAACGCCGCUGUUAUGAAGCCAUUCACUCAAAUAGAGGUUGCGAGGCAGCACUUUUGCGCUGUACUUUUGGCUCUUCAGAUUCAAAUUUUCGUAUUUAAACGAAGCCUUAUAGCAGGUGAACCACAGCAAUAUUUUCUAUUGCGCUUUAUUUAGCAUUUAGCUGAUCUCUCAAAUAGUUCCGGCUAUAGUAGCCAGGGUAAGGAGGUUUAGUUUUAAGUUAUUUCAAAAAAAACUUUGUGAAGGACCAUUCAGACGAGCUCAAAGCGAUCGAGCCAACAUUUUACGUGCUCAAAAUCAUAAAACUACCAUUUUGUUAUUCAUGUCAUGUGCGUUCGUGAGAUUUCACUCACUAAGUGAAAAACUUUUAAGUUAUCUGUUCACAAAUUACCAUCCAGCCCCUUUUAAUGCAUAUGUCCAAGAGAUAACCGGCUUUUUAGUGAAAUACUUAGCUGUCUAUCAUUAAGUGUUUUAGCUUUCUGUCCACGCACAGAUGUCUUCUAAUUUAAAAAUUUCCCUUAAUUUUGCACUCGCGGUCAUCAUUUUUUCGGUUUUUAUGAUGAAGUUUUCUAUCCUUGUUAUCUAAAAAUGGAAAACGUGCUCAGAUUUCAGUAAAGGCCCCCUUUAAUCUUAUACCGACCUUUUAGGCUAAUUGAGUCAUCCAUGCAAGCAGCCGAAAACAUCAAGGCAAAACCGACAGGUCACUUUCACGAACAGACUUUGUGAGACUUGACUGAAAAACAGCUCUUUAGUUGACUGUGAUAAUGAGUGAGGUUCUCAAAACGUCAGCUAUUUAUACCGACAACACUAAGUCCUCCCCUGAGCUGAUCUGACCCGGACAAUCAGACCACGCGAUCAGAAGCAAAAUAUUUCCCAACACUCUGUCCAUUGGUCUCAGUCUUCAGUCUUCUGUCUUAGAGCGCACAACGAAAAGCAGAUUAGGAAAUGAACAGACGUUAGGACAUUUUGACUUGGCAAACUGGUGAUGUAACAAAGUAUGAAAAAGGCUGAGGGAUGAUACACCUGCUUUCUAAAACAAUCUGAAAAACCUUUUAAACGGCAGUCAUAAAAAUAAUAAGGACAGCUGCAGCAAUGGAGACAGACUCAGAAAAGGAAAGACAAACUUUUAGUUUAAUGCAAAGAUAAUUUCUAGUAGGUGUAGAGGAGAGACCUCCAAAAUGUGUCUCGCUCCUGACGUGUGGCUUAGUAACUCAGUUGGUAAAGGCGCCCGACUAGUAUCUGGGGGGCCUGGGUCGGAAUAUUUUUCAGUCUCCUUCUCAACAAUUGCUAAAAUUUCAGAUCAUCGCUUUACUUGACGUUAAGACUAGUAAGCAAUCCGAUAUUUGGGCAGUUUACCCAUUUCCUCUGUUUUAUCAUGAUUUAUUUUACUUGUAAUUGACAUCUUUUAGCUGAAGGAUUUGAAAAACCUUUUUCCCUGUGGUUUAUUGCAGGCUUUUCAUUGGGGACCUGGCGGGACCUGAUAUGAUUUACCUGCUGGAGUUCUUCAGAGUUCAGCUUGCUGUGUCCGUUUUGGUUGGGCUCGUAUUUGUUCCCAAGGUGAGGAUCUUAGUGAGGAGAAGCUAAAAACAUUUUCUUUAAACCUUUUGACUCCUAAGAGUAACCAGUAUCUAACUUUUCCUGACAAUAUCACUGCUAAAUCACAGCUGAAGGUCACAAGAAUAACGAAAAUGAUCACCAACUGAAGAAGCUCCUGAUUGUUAAACAAAUUCUCCUAUAGGCACUUAAAGAAAUGUAUAGAGAAGAGAAUAGAGAAUAUGCAUACUGAUGUUAGGGUUAAAAGGGAUAAAGAAAUUGCUUGGGCGCUUUUCGUUUGAUUGUUGUUGUUUUUCUUUCGAAGAGGACUAAAUGAUGUAGGAGCACAGCGAGGACACAAUGGUGGCAGUGGCAAAGAUAGGAUAAAAUUAAACAGCUCUGCCUCCUCCUCUAACCUACUUUGUUUGGUCGGGAACCUGCCUACUGGCCUAGGCCUCUUGCCCAGGGGGGAAGGGACUCACCAGACCUCUGCUCUUUGUGAUCGUUUGCCAGAGUCACUCGGGGUAGAGAUUCGAGAACCGUUUGUAAAGGAGAUACUACGGGAAUGAUAAGGAGAUCCAGUAUCGGGUUUCUUAGUUUUUUCUUUUUUCCCAUUCCUUUUCUUUAAUUUUUUAAAUUUUUUUUCUCUUAUUUUGGUAGGGCGGGGGGGGGCUGGGUGGUGGGAGGGUAGGCAGGGCUUCAAUGGCUCGCUCCUUUCCAACGAGAGCUUCAGGUUCGAGCCUUAGCUGGCUCACUUAUUCUCUUGUGUUUCCUUGAAAAGCAAUCCAUUCUUACAAGACUUAUCUCCAUGCGCGAUUAUAAAGUGGAACUGCCAGAAUACCCGACGAAAUAGUGAUAUUUGCUCUUUCAUUUACUCGUGGUGUUUACCUUUAUUUACCAGGCAUCCUGUCCAGAAGGAGUAAGAAUACUCCUGCUCGCCUCGUGCAUUAAAAACCGGAAUAGGUUUCGGGUUGAAUAGAUCACCAUGCUCUCUCUUAUGUGAUAUCUACACAAGUUUUUGUACAUACUUUUACAUAAUUUAAUGCUGUCUUGCAGAUUAUUCGUGUGAUUAAGGGACGCGGAGACGUAUUUGAUACUAGUGGUAGGAUUGCGUCUAUAAAAGGGGCUGCCCUCAAUAUGGCAACUGGACAGUCCUCUGAAGGGACGGUGAACUUGAGCCAAGAAAAUGAAGAUCUUAAAGUAAGUGUUUAUUUAAGUCAUCUUUCCAAAUUAUUGUGAGCUCACAAGGUAUAAAUAGAAGUAAAAACCAUUUCCAUGGUCUAUUCCACACACCCCCCCCUCCAAACAUCAUGAACAGCAUCGCUAAAAUGACUGAUAAAAAGUUUCCAGUCUAUUAACCUUCUACAGGGAUGCAAAGGUGAUGGGAAAUCUAGGUCACGGAAAUUGGGGGUUCGUCGCUAACAAAACUUUCACGCUUUUUUUAGGGGACUGAAAACCAGAAGUGCUCUGAUAGAAUAAUCUGCUCUCACAUUUUACAACUAACUCCUUAAUCGUGGGUUAUGGAAAACAUCUAGGUCUUCCAAACGGUUACUGAGGUCAAAAGAGUAUGAAGCUUGCAUUAGUAAGAUCGUAACUAUGCUAAAAAAUUUACAGUCUAAAUUUACAAUGUUGCGAAACCUCGAGGAAUUCUAGAAGAUCUUAUGUUAUUUGUACUAUUUGUUGCUUUUGCUUAUCACGAUUGGCCCUGAAGAGCCAUUUUGGGAAAAUGGUCAAAUAAGAAAUUAUUGAUCAAAUAUUCUCAAACUGUGACUUAGGAGCCUUAAGGGGGCGCCGACCAACCUACUCAAACUUACAAUGAAUAACUCAGCUUAAAAAAACCCUUUUAUUGAAAUUAUUGUCAGAUCAAUGUCAGUAUCUACGCAACUGCGCCCCCUACCCCUACCCUAACCAGACAACUAUCAACUGAUAACAAGUCAGGGCUAAUUUUGGGUCAGGGGAGGGGUAGGUGCGCAGUUAUUCAGAUACUGACAUUGAUCCAAAUUGUCACCUGUUGAUUUUCAGGAGGAGAUACGUAAACUUUAUGGUCAGCUUCAACAGAUGAAAACCGCCAACAUGGAGGCUGGAAACAGGCAUCUGGGUCGUUCUUCAUCCCUUCUGUUUGGCGGAUCCACUCCAUCACUCUUGAGCUCAACACCUAACAACAACGGAAGCAUGGCUUGUUUGGUGAGCUCUGUUAGAGAGAAACGACCGCAAAGACACUCGCCAGCGGCUGAACUUACGAGCGACUUUGUUUGACGACGGUUCCUUAGGACAAUGCUUUGGUAGCAUAUCUCCUCAAACGUCCGGAAUUACAAAUCAUUUGUAAAUAUUUUCGAUUUUACAUUUUUUCAUUCUCGUGUUCCUCAUUUUCCUUUGAUCAUGUUUUUUAUCGAUCUUCGAAAUCUACAAAAGAGUGGAACAAGACACCACGUUAAUUGCUUAUUACCAAAGUCAAUACCUUAAAUCAAACACGAAUCACCACUUAAUGCCAACAGUUUUUAACAUUUUGCGAUUGAUUGUCACAAUCAUUACUCAAGCCAUGUUUCUUGUUGAUUAGAUAGCUUAAAUUGCAUCACCAUGCAUGCAUCUCUUGUAUAGAAC